UCUUGGUGACUGAUAAUCAAUAUCUCAUAUCUCCUCAUAUCUUUUAUGUUAUCAGUCACGUUUUUACUUACACUGGUGUGCUUAAUAGUCAAUACUUAAAUUUAAAUUUUGUUUGUUGAUCAUUAUUAUUGAAUUACCGUAAUUGCUUCAAAAUGGUUAGGAAAUUAAAAUUUCACGAGCAAAAAUUGCUGAAGAAAGUCGAUUUCAUAUCAUGGGAGCUAGACAACAAUUUACAUGAACUAAAAAUUAUGAAAAAGUACAUGAUUCAAAAACGAGAACAUUAUACACUAUACAAUAAAUUAUCUAGAGAAAUACGUACAGUAGCAGAAAAGAUAAAAUCUCUAGAUCCUAAAGAUCCAUUCAGAAAUGAACGUGGUGCUCAGUUGUUAGAAAAAUUAUACAUGAUGGGAUUAAUAACAACAAAGAGGAACUUUGAACUUUGUUCCAAAGUAACAGCAUCUUGUUUCUGUAGACGUCGAUUACCUGUUAUAAUGGUUCGAUCUAAAAUGGUCCAAACACUCAAAUCUGCAACUACUUAUAUUGAACAAGGACAUGUUCGAGUUGGCCCACAACUAAUUAAGGAUCCAGCAUUCUUAGUAUCAAGACCUUUAGAAGAUUUUGUGACAUGGGUAGAUAAUUCUGCUAUUAAGAAGCACGUUCUUGAAUACAACGACCUAAGAGAUGAUUUUGAGAUAAUGUAAUAUAUUAGUUUAUAA